AGGAAAUGGAAGGAGCGAGGGUGAGAGGCGUUUUCGAAAAUAAUAAAUAAAUUAUUUUCAUGCUCUCGCGCUUUCGUGGCUUUUCGUCUUCUUCCCUGAAUGCCACCACCGUUCAGGAAACUUUUGGCGAUUUAUGUGCGGAAGAGCGAGGGAUUAUUAGGUCACAAUGGGUUUCAAACUUCAAAGCAAAUGAAUCCCACGAAGUGCAAUAGCUAAUCUCCUGUGGAAAAACAAGCCUCAGGGUAUCCUCUAACAAGAAGUACCCUUUUAUUAUGCUCUACUGCCAUUUUCUUAUGCAUGAAAUUCUUCGAAAUGGCAGUAGCUAUUGAUCAACAUCAUGGAUUUAAGCCAUUUAACAGAUCUCCCCGGUGCAGACUCCAAUCCUUGACUCACUUCGACUACAAUGUUCACGAAUUUACCCAAACCAAUCUUACCCCCUCCUUCAAACAAGCAUUUCAACUUGUUAAUAUUCACCGAAGCUUCUCCACUCCGUGCUUUUCCCUCGCCACUGCAUAUGAAGAUGAGUUUGAUGUCAAUCCAAGAGUUGAAAUUGUCAGCGGUCACGGAGCCCCUAGAGUCCAUGCCCUUGUUGUUGAGGUUGCCAUUGCUAUGGCUCUUGGUGUUAAUCCCCUGCCAGUGUCGAGUGGAUCAGGUGGUGCCUGCUUCUUGCGCGCCAGAAAUGGCGAUAAAAUAGCUGUUGCAAAGCCAAUUGAUGAAGAGCCUAAAGGCUUUGGUGGAUUGAUGCUAGGCCAACCUGGUAGGAAACGUUCAGUUCAAGUUGGCGGCACUGGAAUUCGAGAAUUAGCUGCUUAUCUACUUGAUCAUGGUGGUUUUGCUGGUGUUCCUCCUACAGUCUUGGUCAAAAUAACUCAUGCUGGAUUUCCUUUUAAUGAUGGGGCAUCGCCAGCACACUGUAAAAUUGCCUCACUCCAACAAUUUGUGGAUCAUAAUUUUGAUGCAGGGGAGCUAGGUCCUUCUGGAUUUUUGGUUGAUUCUGUUCACCGGAUUGGAAUUCUUGAUGUAAGAAUCCUCAAUCUCGAUAGGCAUGCUGGAAACAUACUUGUGAAGAAGAAUGAUAUACAUGAAAAUUACGCAGUUGGAGGCGCGAAGCUUGUGCCUAUAGACCACGGACUCUGCCUGCCCGAGUUUCUUGAUAAUCCUUAUUUCGAAUGGCUACAUUGGCCUCAAGCCUCAGUUCCCUUUUCAGAAACUGAAUUAGAUUAUAUAUCCAAACUCGAUCCUUUCAACGAUGCAAACCUCUUACGAAGGGAGCUACCAUCUUUAAGGGAAUCAUCUAUUCGAGGGCUUGUCGUCUGCACAAUGUUGUUGAAGCAAGCUGCUGCGGCCGGACUAUGCCUUGGUGACAUAGGGGAAAUGAUGUCCAGGGAGUGUUGUGGUGGAGAGGAAAACAGGAGUCUGCUGGAGAGUAUUUGCGCAAAAGCAAAGGCAAGUAUUGAGAAUGAAGAUGAUUGUGGUGAGGUUACGGAUCCACCUCAACUUUCGGAACGACUCGUUAAUAUGGAUGAUCAAUCUAAAAGGAGCAUUAGGUGUUCAGGUAUAUCUCUUGGAGAGAUGAGUGAUGGGGAAUGGGAUUUGUUUUUGGAGUGGUUUGAGAAGCUUCUGGUGCAGGGUUUUCAAGCCACAAAUUGCUCACUUGUUGCCAGUUUUAGUUAUGCAUUGUAGAUAGCAGGGAAAAGGGAUUGGCAGCUUGCCAUCCUUUCCCUUGCUUUUGUUCUUUGUUUUUUUGUAUAUUUGUAAAUAAUGAUUACUUCAGUUUCAUAUCCAAUCCAACCUACUCUGUACAAUAAUGCUAUUUGUAAUGUUUUAGAAUAAUGUGAGUGGUACAUAUGGUAAUUACUAAAUCACUUUUUAUGUCUUA